AAAAAGGAAGCAAUCUUAUCAGUUACUGCUUAGUACUCAUGCUGCUGUCACAUCCAGCAGGUAAAGUUCCCUAAAAUUCUCUGCAAAACUUUUGGGACCUUUCACUAAAUCAUAGAGAAUUUACCUGUUUUUCUCCUGAGAGCUGAAGAUAUUUUAGAGAAGAAUUAAUCUUUCCUUUCUGCAGUUGAACAUUUUCUAGCAGUAAGAGCCAUGCAAAUAGAGCUCUCCAGCUGCUUCUUUCUGUGCCUUUUGCCAUUCAGCUUUGGUGCCACCAGAAGAUAUUACCUGGGCACAGUGGAACUGUCCUGGGACUAUAUGCAAAGUGAACUGCUCAGUGAGCUGCACGUGGACACAAGGUUUCCUCCUGGAGUGCCAAGGUCUUUUCCAUUCAACCCUUCAGUCAUGUACAAAAAGACUGUGUUUGUAGAGUUCACAGAUCACCUUUUCAACGUUGCCAAGCCCAGGCCACCAUGGAUGGGUCUACUGGGUCCUACCAUCCGGGCUGAGGUUUAUGACACAGUGGUCAUUACACUUAAGAACAUGGCUUCUCAUCCUGUCAGUCUUCAUGCUGUUGGCGUAUCCUACUGGAAAGCUUCUGAAGGUGCUGAAUAUGAAGAUCAGACCAGCCAAAGGGAGAAAGAAGAUGAUAAAGUCAUUCCUGGUGAAAGUUAUACCUAUGUCUGGCAGGUUCUGAAAGAGAAUGGUCCAAUGGCCUCUGACCCUCCAUGUCUCACCUACUCAUAUCUUUCUCAUGUGGACCUGGUGAAAGACCUGAAUUCAGGCCUCAUUGGAGCCCUUCUGGUUUGUAGAGAAGGGAGCCUGGCCAAAGAAAGGACACAGACCUUGCACGAAUUUGUACUGCUUUUUGCUGUAUUUGAUGAAGGGAAAAGUUGGCACUCAGAAACAAAUGAGUCCUUGACACAGGCUGUGGAUCCUGCAUCUGCUCGGGCCCAGAUUGAAAUGCACACAGUCAAUGGCUAUGUAAACAGGUCUCUGCCAGGUCUGAUUGGAUGUCAUAAGAAAUCAGUCUAUUGGCAUGUGAUUGGAAUGGGCACCACCCCCGAAGUGCACUCAAUUUUCCUUGAAGGUCACACAUUUCUUGUGAGGAAUCAUCGCCAGGCCUCCUUGGAGAUCUCACCAAUAAGUUUCCUUACUGCUCAGACACUCCUGAUGGACCUUGGCCAGUUUCUACUCUUUUGUCAUAUCUCUUCCCACCAACAUGAUGGUAUGGAAGCUUAUGUCAAAGUAGAUAGCUGCCCAGAGGAACCUCAACUACGGAUGAAAAAUAAUGAAGAAGAAGAUUAUGAUGAUGAUCUUUAUGACUCUGAUAUGGACGUGGUCAGGUUUGAUGGUGACAACUCUCCUCCCCUUAUUCAAAUCCGCUCAGUUGCCAAGAAGCACCCUAAAACUUGGGUCCACUAUAUUGCUGCUGAAGAGGAGGACUGGGACUAUGCUCCCUCAGUCCUCACCCCCAAUGAUAGAAGUUACAAAAGUCUAUAUUUGAACAAUGGUCCUCAGCAGAUUGGUAGGAAGUACAAAAAAGCCCGAUUUAUGGCAUACACAGAUGAAACAUUUAAGACUCGUGAAGCUAUUCAGUAUGAAUCAGGAAUCCUGGGACCUUUACUUUAUGGAGAAGUUGGAGACACACUGUUGAUUAUAUUUAAGAAUCAAGCAAGCCGACCAUAUAACAUCUACCCUCAUGGAAUCACUGAUGUCAGUCCUUUGCACUCAGGGAGGUUGCCAAAAGGUGUGAAACAUUUGAAAGAUAUGCCAAUUCUGCCAGGAGAGAUAUUCAAGUAUAAAUGGACAGUGACUGUAGAAGAUGGGCCAACUAAAUCAGAUCCUCGGUGCCUCACCCGAUAUUACACGAGCUUUGUUAAUCUAGAGAGAGAUCUAGCUUCAGGACUCAUUGGCCCUCUCCUCAUCUGCUACAAAGAAUCUGUAGAUCAAAGAGGAAACCAGAUGAUGUCAGACAAGAGAAAUGUCAUCCUGUUUUCUGUAUUUGAUGAGAAUCGAAGCUGGUACCUCACAGAGAAUAUGCGGCGCUUCCUCCCCAAUGCAGAUGGAGUGCAGCCCAAGGAUCCAGAGUUCCAAGUCUCCAAUAUCAUGCACAGCAUCAAUGGCUAUGUUUUUGAUAGCUUGCAGCUGUCAGUUUGUUUGCAUGAGGUGGCAUACUGGUACAUUCUAAGUGUUGGAGCACAGACUGACUUUCUCUCUGUCUUCUUCUCUGGAUAUACCUUCAAACACAAAAUGGUCUAUGAAGACACACUUACCCUAUUCCCAUUCUCAGGAGAAACUGUCUUCAUGUCAAUGGAAAACCCAGGUCUGUGGGUUCUGGGGUGCCACAACUCAGACUUUCGGAACAGAGGCAUGACAGCCUUACUGAAGGUUUCUAGUUGUAACAGGAACACUGGUGAUUAUUAUGAGGACACAUAUGAAGAUAUUCCAACCUCCCUGCUGAAUGAAAAUAAUGUCAUUGAACCCAGGAGCUUCUCCCAGAAUUCAAGGCACCCUAGCACUAGGCAAAAGCAAUUCAGAGCCACCACAACUCCAGAAAAUGACGUAGAGAAGAUUGACCUUCGGUCUGGAGAGAGAACACAGCUGCUUACGGUACAAAGUGUCUCCUCUGGUGAUUUGUUGAUGAUCUUGGGACAAAAUCCUACUCCACAUGCAUUAUCCUUACCUGAUCUCCAAGAAGUCACAUAUGAGGCUGAUGAUCAUUUGCCUAGAACAAUAGAAAGAAACAAGGGCCCAUCUGAAGUGGCACGUCUCAGACCAGAGCUCCAUCACAGUGGGGAUAGAGUAUUUACCCCUGAACCAGAACUGAAAUUAAGAUUAAAUGAGAAUUUGGCGACAACUAUAACAGUAGAGUUGAAGAAACUUGAUUUAAAAAUUUCUAGUUCAUCAAACAAUCUAAUGAUUUCACCAACAAUUCCAUCAGACAAGUUGGAAGCAGGUACUGAAAAGACAGGUUCCUUAGGACCCCCAAAUAUGCCAGUUCACUUUAGUAGUCAAUUAGGCACCAUUGUAUUUGGCAAAAAUUCAUCUCACCUUAUUGAGUCUGCUAGACCUUUGGACUUGAGUGAAGGAGAUAAUGAUUCCACGUUGACUAAAGCAGCUUUAAUGAAUAGUCAAGAAAGUUCACUGGAAGAAAAUGUAUUAUCAGUGGAAAGUGACAGGUUAUUUAAAGAGGAAGAAGUUCAUGGACCUGUUUCAUUGACCAAAGAUAAUGCUUUAUUCAAAGUUAAUUUCUCUUUGGUAAAGACAAACAAGACACCAAUUAACUCAACAACUAAUAGAAAGGCUCACAUUGAUGGCCAAACAUUAUUAAUUGAGAAUAGUACAUCAGUCUGGCAAGACAUUAUAUUAGAAAGUAAUAGUGGGUUUCAAGAAAUGACUUCUUUGAUUCAUGAUGAAACGUUUAUGGACAACAAUACUACAGCUUUGGGGCUAAAUCAUGUGUCAAAUAAAACUACCUCAUCAAAAAAUAUGGACAUGGUCCACCAAAAAAAAGAGGACCCUGCGCCACUAGGUGCAGAAAAUCCAGAUAUAUCAUUCUUCAAGAUGCUGCUCUUGCAAGAUUCAGCAAAUUGGAUAAAAAGGACCCAUUGCGAGAACUCCCUGAGCUCUGGGCAAAGGCCCAGUCCAAAGCAAUUAACAUCUUUAGGAUCAGAAAAAUCUGUGAAAGAUCAGAAUUUCUUGUCAGAGAAGAACAAGGUGGUAGUAGGAGAAGAUGAAUUUAAAAAGCACACAGGACUCCAAGAGAUGAUUUUUCCAAACAGUAAGAGCAUAUUUCUUACUAACUUGGCUAAUAUCCAAGAAAAUGAUACACACAGUCAAGAAAAAAACUCCCAGGAAGAGAUAGAAUGGAAGGAAAAAUUAAUCCAAAAGAAUGUAGCUUUGCCUCAGGUGUAUACAGUGACUGGCACUAAGAAUUUCCUGAAGAAUCUUUUCUUACUAAGCACUAAGCAAAAUGUAGAAGGUUCAGAUGAGGGGACAUAUACUCCAAUACUUCAAGACAACAGGUCAUUAAAUGAGUCAGCAAAUACGGCAAGGAUUCACAUGGCCCAUUUCUCAAAAAUAAGGGAGGAAGCAAACUUGGAAGGCUUGGGAAAUCAAACAAAGCAAAUGGUAGAGAGGUAUCUGAGCACCACAAGGAUAUCUCCUAAUCCACGUCAGCAGAAUGUCAUCACUCACCAUGCUAAGCGGGCUUUGAAACAAUUCAGACUCCCACAAGAAGAAAUAAAACUUGAAAGGGGGGUAAUUUUGAAUGACACCUCAACCCACUGGUCCAAAAACAUGAAAUAUUUGACCCAGGGAACCCUCACACAGAUAGAGUACAAUGAGAAGGAGAAAAAGGCCAUUACUCAGUCCCUCCUAUCAGAUUGUUCUGUGAGGAGUCAUGGCAUCAUUCAAACGAAUGGCUCUGCAUUACCCAUUGCAAAGGUAUCAGCAUUUCCAUCAAUUACACCUACAGAUCUGACCAAGACCCCAUCCCAAGGCAAUUCUUCUCAUCUUCUAGCAGCAGCCUGUAGUUAUACCUUUAGGGAGAAGAGUUCUGGGAUCCAAGAAAGCAGUCAUUUCUUACAAGGAGCCAAAAGAAAUAACCUUUCUUUAGACUUCCUAACCUUGGAAAUGAUGAGAGGUCAAGGAAAGAUCAGCUCCCUGGGGAGAUUGUCUGAAGCAUCUGGCAAAGUUGAAUUACUUCCUAAAGUUCAUGUUCAUCAGGAAGACUCUUUCCCUACGAAACCUAGCAAUGGCUCCCCUGGCCACCUGGAUCUCAUGGAAGAGAUUGUCCUUCAGAAAACACAGGAACCUGUUAAAUUGAAUAAAGUAAAUGGACCUUGGAAAAUACCCUUUCUGAAAUGGGCAGCAGAAAGCUCUAAAAAGACUCCCUCCAAACUGCUGGGUCCCCUUGCUACUCAAAUACCAAGAGAAGAGUGGAACUCCCAAGAGAAGUCUCAAAAAAACAAAGCUUUUAAGACAAAGGACACCAUUUCACCCUUGGACCCUUGUGAAAAAAAUAAUUCAAUAGCAGCAAUAAAUAAAGGACAAGAUAAGCCCCAAAGAGAAACCACCUGGGCAAAGCAAGAAGAGACUGGAAGGUUGUGCUCUCAAAACCCACCAGUCUUGAAACGCCAUCAGAGGCAAAUAACCUUUACUACUGUUCAGCCAGAGGAAGACAAAACUGACUAUGAUGAUACCUUCUCAACUGAAACAAAGAGAGAAGAUUUUGACAUUUAUGGUGAGGAUGAAAAUCAGGACCCCCGCAGCUUUCAAAAGAGAACACGACAUUAUUUUAUUGCUGCAGUGGAACGGCUCUGGGAUUAUGGGAUGAGUAGAUCCCCCCAUGCACUAAGAAACAGGGCCCAGAGUGGAGGUGUCCCUCAAUUCAAGAAGGUGGUUUUCCAGGAAUUCACUGAUGGCUCCUUUACUCAGCCCUUAUACCGUGGAGAACUAAAUGAACACUUGGGACUCUUGGGGCCAUACAUAAGAGCAGAAGUUGAAGACAAUAUCAUGGUAACUUUCAAAAACCAGGCCUCUCGUCCCUACUCCUUCUAUUCUAGCCUUAUUUCUUAUGAGGAUGAUCAGAGGCAAGGAGCAGAACCUAGAAAAAAGUUUGUCAAACCUAAUGAAACUGAAGUUUACUUUUGGAAAGUGCAACAUCAUAUGGCACCCACUAAAGAUGAGUUCGAUUGCAGAGCCUGGGCUUAUUUUUCUGAUGUUGACCUGGACAAAGAUGUGCACUCAGGCUUGGUUGGACCCCUUCUGAUCUGCCGCGCUAACACGCUGAAUCCUGCUCAUGGGAGACAAGUGACAGUGCAGGAAUUUGCUCUGUUUUUCACUAUUUUUGAUGAGACCAAGAGCUGGUACUUCACUGAAAACAUGGAAAGGAACUGCAGGGCUCCCUGCAAUCUCCAGGUGGAGGACCCCACUUUUAAAGAAAAUUAUCGCUUCCAUGCAAUCAAUGGCUAUGUGAUGGACACACUACCUGGCUUAGUAAUGGCUCAGGAUCAAAGAAUUCGAUGGUAUCUGCUCAGCAUGGGCAGCAAUGAAAACAUCCAUUCUAUUCAUUUCAGUGGACAUGUGUUCACUGUACGGAAAAAAGAGGAGUAUAAAAUGGCAGUCUACAACCUCUAUCCGGGUGUUUUUGAGACAGUGGAAAUGCUACCACCCAAAGUUGGAAUUUGGCGGAUAGAAUGCCUUAUUGGCGAGCACCUACAAGCUGGGAUGAGCACUCUUUUUCUGGUGUACAGCAAGAAGUGUCAGACUCCACUGGGAAUGGCUUCUGGACACAUUAGAGAUUUUCAGAUUACAGCUUCAGGACAGUAUGGACAGUGGGCCCCAAAGCUGGCCAGACUUCAUUAUUCUGGAUCAAUCAAUGCCUGGAGCACCAAGGAGCCCUUUUCCUGGAUCAAGGUGGAUCUGUUGGCACCAAUGAUUAUUCACAGCAUCAUGACCCAGGGUGCCCGUCAGAAGUUUUCCAGCCUCUACAUUUCUCAGUUUAUCAUCAUGUAUAGUCUUGAUGGAAAGAAGUGGCAGAGUUAUCGAGGGAAUUCCACUGGGACCUUAAUGAAUAGAGUUCAAAGUCCUCAAAUGGCCUUGUGCAAGAUAACUUCCGUUUUCCCCUUUAGAUCCAUUUUCCUGCUUCUCUACCCUGCUUCUUGUUCUGAGCCUGGCAUGUGUGGAAUACAUCAACAGGCUACCUUAUCCUCUAGCUUUUGGUUGGGUUUCACCAACAGGGAGCACUGGCAAGAGAUCACAGGAAGGGAGGAGAGCAAGAUCAGGAUAUUUAUUUUCCUGGCUCCCUCCUUGUAGACAAUUUGGCUGUAUCUCUCCACUGAAGGUCACUGCUUCCCUCAAAGUGGCUUUCUCUACCUGUUCCAGUUACUAUUGCUGAGUACCAAACCACCCCAAUACUUAGUGUUGUAAAAACAACCAUUUUGUUUUGUUUAUGGAUUCUGUGGGUCAGGACUUUGAACAGGGCACAGCAAGAAUGGCCUGUCUCUGCUCCAAAAUAUCUGGGGCCUCAGCUGAGAAGAUUUGACAGCUGGGAGCUAGAAUCAUCUGGAAGCAUCUUCACUUGCAUGUCUGGUGGUUGGUGCUGACUAACCUAGCUAGGACAGCAUCUGGGACUGUUAAGACUGAAGUAAUUUUGUAUGGCCUUUCUGUGAGGCCUGGGCUUCUCACAGCAUGACAGUCUAAAGGUAGUUGGACUUCUUACAUGGCAUCUUAGGGACUCUAAAUAUGAGUGUUCCAGCUAACAAGGUGGAGACUACAUCACCUUUUCUGAUCUGGUCUUUUAAGUUAUGUAGCAUCACUUUCAAUACAUUCUAUUGGUUAUAAGCAAGUCACACGUCCACCCAGAUUCAAGGGGAAGGGACACAGACCCCACUUCACAAUGGGAGGAAUGUAAAGAAUUUGUGGUCGUUUUUGUAAACCACUAUAAGAAUCUAUCUAAUUCUCUCCUUUAGGAUUCUGCUCCCUCUUCUCAUUCCUGCAGGCCUAGGGUGGUAAUACCCUGCCUCUACCUUCCUAACUAGUACCUUCAUUAAAGUUUCCUCAAAUUAUCCUAAUUUGAGUGCUCCCUGUUUCUUGUUGGAACCCUGUCUCAUACAGUCAAUGAUGCCAGAAGUAGCCCCAGGAAACAGACCCUCAAAAUGGAAUUCUAGAGUUAUGUUGCUAAUAUAUUCAAGGAACACAAGUAUAAUUUCCUUGCUUGGGUAGAAGAUUGGAUGUUAGGUAAUCCAUGACAUCCAUGUGGGCAUGACAGUUUCUCAGAUUAUCACUAGUGAUACUAUGACAUGAGUUACAGGUGGUGAGGAAGACA